AUGAGGUCUCAGCUGGUGCCUGACGCUGUUUCGUCGCCAGACUUUGGCCUGGUGCUGCUGGGCAGCGACCUGCACCGCGCCAUCACCGUCACCAACAUCUCGCUGCUGCCCGUGGUGGUCAACCUGGUGACCUCGAUCCUCACCGAUGACCCGGACGACGACAUGCACGUGACCUUGGACGACGAGUCGGGCUCGCUGCUGCCCGGCGAGUCCACCUACAUCCACGUGCGGCUGCGUCCCAGCACGCUGGAGCAGGCCGUCGAGAAGCUGCAGAGGAUGAUCUAUCUGGAGGUCAGGAACGGUCUCUUCAUCCCGAUCGUGCUGAAGGCGACCGUCACCACGCCCAUCGCCGAGAUGGACAAGGAAGAGCUUAGCUUCGGCACCGUGUACAUCGGCAUGUGCAAGAUCUGCCAGAUCAAGGUGCACAACAACGGUAUACUGCCGGCCGAGUGGAGCCUGACGCGGUAUACUGCCGGCCGAGUGGAGCCUGACGGCGGCUCUGUAUGA